AUGGCCCUACUACGGGACGAAGAAGUGACCAUCGAUCAAAGCAACAGAAAGCGGAAGAAAAAGGACCACGGGCACAAGACGGGCGAGAGCGCACUGCUCAAAGAGGCGGCGCAUUACAUGAGUUUCUUCCAGCGGGCCGGUUUCCGGUAUGACAUCGGGACGCUGUGGCCUGUCUCGGAUAGUUCGAGUGUGGAGGUGGCGCGGAUUGUCUAUCAGAUGCUUGUGGAGGAGGGGAUGGUCGAUGGUGCAGUGGCGAGGGCGCUUCAUCUGGCGACACGGACGCUUCGCGAUGCAUCUAACAGUGGGAUGCUAGCUGUAUCAGGGGAGAGAGAUCCGAAGCAAUCGAGCAGCAGAAACAAGAAAUCAGCCUGUCGUAAUCGCGAGUUUGGAUGGGUCCCGUAUUUUCAUUAUGGCAUUUGA